AUGCGAGAGGCGGGGCUCGGCGGCCAUGGCGCGACCGCCGUCGCCGAGCUGCUGCGAUCACACCCGACCUACACGCACGUGGACCUCGGGGGCAACACGAUCAAGGACGAGGGCGCGAAGACGCUGGCGGGCAUGCUGGCGGAGAGCAGGUCGAUCCGAACUCUAGUGCUGAGCUCGAACGAGAUCGGGUCCGAGGGAGCCAGCGCUCUGUUCGCCGCGCUGAAGCUCAACGGCUGCCUGGAGACGCUGGACCUGGGCCUCGUGGACAACGGGCGGAAGAACCGCAUCGGUCGACCCUGCGCGCGGGACCUGGCGGGGGCGCUCAGGGGAAAUGAGACGCUGACGAGCCUGUCGCUGGCAGGGAACAACUUCGGGAGCGAGGGAUGCAGGGCGAUAGCGGAGGGGUUCGAGCACAACACACGCGUGAAGCAUCUGGACCUGUCGAUGAACAAGAUCAGAGGAGAAGUGGCUUCCCUCUUCGCCUCCGCCUUCCUGUCCGGGGCCUCGCUGGAGACGCUCAACCUGUCGAGCAAUCAGGUCGGACAUCAGGGCUGCGCGAGCAUCGCCAAGAUGCUCUCCUCCGACUCGCUGCUCCUGCGAAGCCUCAACCUCUCCGGCAACCUCGUCGGCCCCAAGGCUGCGGCGCUUCUUGCGGCAGGGCUGGAGAACAAUCGGUUGCUGUCGGAGCUGCAAUUAGCUGGGAACGAGCUGGGGGCGACCGGCUGCACCAGCCUGAGCGGGAGCCUGAACAAGUGCAACGUGACGCUGCUGGCGCUGGGGGAGAACAACAUCGGGGACGAAGGAACGCUGAUGCUGAUGCGGAAGCUGGCAGAGAACAGCUCGCUGAAGAGCCUCGACCUGAGCUCCAACCAGAUCGGCGACUACGGGGGGGUGGCUGUGUCGAAGAUGCUGCAGUCGAACGCGAGCUUGACCUCGCUGAACCUGGAGAAGAAUUUGAUCGGGGACCGAGGAGGCGUCGAGAUCGCGCAGGGGCUGGGGAGGAACGGCGUGCUGCUGCAGCUGUCGCUCAAGUCCAACAUGUUCCAUGACAAGACUGGCUCGGCCCUAGUGGUCGCCCUCCGCGCUAACAAGACGCUGACUGAGCUGGACGUGUCUUGGAACGACAUC